CGAACGCGCAUCGUUCUGUACGCGUGUUUACAAGGAAACGUUUAAAAGAGCUUUUGCAGAAUAAAGUGUCACAUUAAAGGUAAAAGUAACUAAAGGAGAGCCGAGGAACAGGAGAACAGGACGUUUUUCAAGUAGCUAAGAUGACUGCCAUGACAAUUCAAUGAGAAGAGAGGACGCAAAGUGAAGUAUCCCCUACUUGCUGAAAAGGAGCGACAGAGCGCUCAAGGUAAAAGGAGAAGAGGGGGGAAACGCACGAGAAGAAAAGGCAGAAGAUUUAAAAAGAAACUAUUAGGAAGAAAAGAACUGGCAGAAGAAGAGCCAGGAAAAAGGAAGGGGCGAGAAAGCGGAUAAACGGUGGAUGGAGGCGGCUCGGACCGGGGCUACGGAGAGCUCUUCAGUGACGAAGAAGAAGAACAGCAGCAGCAGCAGCAGGGGGGAGAGGAGAUGGAGGCGAAAGGGAGAAACAUGCCCUCAGACAUCAGUUUCCUUCCCCGCCCAGCCAUGGUGUGGUGUGAGCGAGGGAUCCAGGUGCUGUUGACCACCAUGGGAGCUUUUGCAGCUUUUGCACUGAUGACAGUGGCUAUUGGAACUGACUACUGGCUGUACGCCCGGGCCUUCAUCUGCAACAGCACAGCCAACUCAUCACAGGAGGACUCCAACAAUAAGGACAAGAAAGAUCCUGGGGCGCUCACCCACUCCGGCCUCUGGAGGAUUUGCUGCCUGGAAGGUUUGAAGAGGGGUGUGUGUUCCCAGAUCAAUCAUUUCCCAGACGACGCAGACUAUGACCAAGAUGCUGCAGAGUAUCUGCUGCGUGUGGUGAGAGCUUCCAGCAUCUUCCCCAUCCUCAGUGCCAUAUUGCUUCUUCUGGGUGGAGUGUGUGUUGCUUCCAGCGGAUUCUAUAAAAGCAAAAGGAACAUUAUUCUCGGCGGAGGGAUUCUCUUUGUAGCUGCAGGCCUCAGCAACAUCAUUGGAGUGAUCGUGUACAUCUCAGCAGCACUGAGCGACAUCUCCCCCAAGAAGGAUGAGGAUAAGAAGUGGCAUUAUUCCUACGGGUGGUCAUUCUACUUCGGCGGUCUGUCCUUCAUCCUGGCCGAGAUGGUCGGCGUGCUCGCUGUCAAUAUCUACAUCGAGAAGAACAAGGAGCUCCGUUGCCGCUCUCGCACUGACCUCUUCAAGAGCACAACGCACGCCAUGCUUCGUCUGCCCAGCUACCGUUUCAGACGGCGUUCACGCUCCAGCUCACGCUCCACUGACCCGCCGCGUUCGCAGGAGACCUCGCCCGUUGGAGCUUCCAAGACCUUCAGCUUGCCACCAUCUGCACCACCAUUCUCUGUGGCCACUCUGCCCAACCCCCACCACACCAGCAGCAGUGGGAGCGGAGGAGGUGGUGACAUCUCCAUGUACACCCUCUCAAGGGACUCCAAGCUAGGCAGCCUCGGAGGAGGUGCCCCACCUCUCUACGGCACGGUGGACCGUGCCACGCUCUACCAGCUCCACAACUACUUCCCAAAAGAUUCCAGCGGCAGCGGCAGUGGUGGAGGAGGAGCGGGAGGAGGAGGAGGAGGAGCAGUGAUAAGCAGCAGCACGCUCCCUUCCCACUCCAAGUCCAACUUGGCAGCGGCGGCAGCUGUAGCCCAGAACGCAGCACCGCUGAAUACCUCCACAUCAGCUGCUCCAACCACCCAGCCAGCCCCGAUAUCUACAGCCACCAUGGAGCGGGACAGGGGCAACGUGGGAACCCUGGACCGACUGACAGCUAAAAGGGACCGGGAUAGCAACUCAGAUACACUAAACAGGAAAACGACACCAGUUUAAACUCAGAGAGAGCGGAGAGGAAAAAUAGAGAUGGAAUUUAGAGAGGAAGAGUAGGGCUGUAAAUGUGUGGGUGGCACGUCAACAAUAAGGUUUCUGUCCUUGAGCCUGAGGUAUCUAGCUGCCAUAAAUAUUACUAAUGUUAUAAACAGUCAUCAAACAUCUGAUGCUAAGAGCAAAUUCAUGACAGCUGCCUUAAAAAUUGUCAUGACUUUGAAACCUGUUUUGUUAAUUGCACAGCAGGGGUACAGUCGAGGAUUCGGGAAAUGUUUCUUUUCUCUGUUUUUGAUUUCUGAAUUACUCACUAAAUCAUAGAGAUACAAAACUCCCAGAUGUGUAAUAAAACAGCCUCCCAAUGCAGCAGUUAGGCGCCUUGCCGAGGAGGCAGGGGAGCUCUUUCGUUAUUUAUUUCCCUUAUCUCAGUUUUGUCAGUUUCUGCAAGGACAUCUUUUUAAAUCCUGAAAGAAACCGUAAAGGAAGCUUUGAUGAUAAUAAAUCCCGCUUACAAAUCGCUAAUUUGUACACAUCUUAGAUCGGAUUGUCCUUAAAUCUGCAUUUUCAAGCCUCUUUUCACAAAGCAAGACACAGAGUCCUUGCUUUUUGGUAUUCUAAACUUUGCAACACUUUUUAACAUAAUAAUUAAAUUAUAAAGUUGCCAGAUGGUACAAGUCACAAUUCUUUCUUCCAUUUCUGUUUUAAAAGGAAGAGAGCGUCACAGACGGGUACAUUCUGCCAAGUAACAAGCUGCUCAGUGACAAGUUGACUGCCAAUUGAAGGUCAACAGUAGCUCCUUAACCUCUGGACCCGAGAGAGAGCGACCUCAGCCAUAUCUAACGUAGAUCAGAGGAGGCUGCCGCAUUGUGAGCCUGAUUAUUUUUCAGUGUGUGUCAAAGGUAUUUACAGUGACAGAUGGGCAUUCACCACAGUUCUAAGGAAAGGAACAGCCAUGGACUUAAAGCUUUCGUCUUAACGCCUGCAUUACUCCACUGCCAGUUGUCGCAGUAAGAUACCGCAACAUGACCGUUUGAGCAAGUAACUUAUUUUGACAUCAAGUUUUUGUAGUUUUUGUUUAAACAGAAAGAUUUGCGUUUCCCACAGUGUUGCCCACAAUUCUUAAACCAUUGGAAAACUUUAUAAAAUGUAAAUAAAAAACAGGAAGGAGACAAGGCUAAUCCCAUAAUAGAUAUUUUACUCACACAUAUUAAAUGUUUAAACUGAGAAAAAUCUGUCAUUUCGAAAUUGAUGGAAGCAGCAUGUCUCGAAAAAGCUGGGUCAGUCCCAUGUUUGUCACUGUGUAUCAUCCUCUCUUACAAUAUUAGACGUAGGAAUGCUGUUCUACAUCUAAUAUAGGAUCCUAGUGACUCAACAGUCCUGGGUCUCCUUUGUUGUGAUGUCAUGAUGCAUCAGUUUUUUCUUUUGUUUUCCAGUUGGGGAAAAGCUAGUUCAAGACAUGAACUCCUCUGUGGUUUAGCAUCUGGUUGGAAGCUUAUGUUGCUCUAAAAUCUGCAUUAGUGCCCGUCUUCCUGUACUCCCUUUUUAACUGAGCACUGACAGCAAGCCAGAUGGUUACUUUCCUCUUUAGUCUGGAGGAUGCCAUGUCCUUGUUUUUCCAAAAAGAAAUUUUACAUUUCAAUUUAUCUGACCGCUCAGUUUUCUACUUGGUCCAUUUUAAAUGAGCAUUGGCCAAGAGAAGUUGACAUGAUCUAAGCUUGCUUGACAGAGAUUUAACCUGUGUUUGUGGACGGCACACUGACCUGUGCUCGCCCACAAUGAUUUCUCGAUGUGUUCCUGAGCACAUCCAAGGAUUUUCAUGAUAAAUUCAUGCUUGUUUUUAAAGCAGUGCUCUCCGAGGGCCCAGGGAUCACAGGCAUCCAGUAUUGAUUUUUUGCCUUGUUGUGCACAGAUUUCCCAAGAGUCUCUGAAAGUUUUGAUGAUAUUAUGUACCGCAGACGAUGAGUCAUCAAAGUCUUUGCAGUUUUGUGCUGAGGAACAUUAUUCGGAAAUUGGAACCCUACAUGUCUAAGCUUUUUAUUUUCACUCAGGUUACUGACCUGAUGCGAAUUAACCUAAUUAGUUUCUCUACCUGUUUUCUUUUUUUUAAUAACACUCAAUUUUCCAGGUAUUUGUUGCUCCCAUUCCAGUUUUUUUGAGACAAGUUGUUGCCACCAAAUUCCAAAUCUAUUUUCCAGGAAAUGGUAAAAUGUCACUUUUUAACAGUUGUUAUAUUUUCUGUGUUCUAUGAAUAAGAAAUGGUUUUAUGAGAUUUGGGUAUCACUAUAUUCCAUUUUUACUUACAUUUUACACAAUGCAUAUUUAGCACAUCUCUUUUGUCCAAUUUCUUAUUUGGAAAGUUAAUUUGCACAGACAGCGCUUCCCUUCUUCAUGCUUCCCCACCAGCAGGCUCAGUAUAUCAUUCAGCUGCCUCUCCAGAGAACCUCUCAUUGUUACAUUGUUACAAUCUUAGAUUGACAUUAGUCUGCUCUGGAGACCAACGGAGAAAAUGCUGGAGAGACACCAUAAUACAAUGGACUUUAAUUUAUUUGCCAUAAUUGCCAGUUAAUAAGGGAACAGCCAAAAAUAACUUUACUUCUGAAAAUAAGGCAACAAUGAGGAAGUGAUAACCAUGGUUAAUGUUAGAACAUAAUCACCAUCACUCACUCACGUCCAUCUUCCUGCUCAUGAUUCAUGGUCAUUUUGUCAUCUGGCAGUGGAAACAUUGUUGGAUGCCAUUUGAAAUUUGAAAGCGCUCAUAGACCUGGAUGUUUAUGCACUUUAUGUGUGUUUUUAUUUGAGUAAAACUGAUUUCAGGGCAGCACGGUGGCACGGUGGUUAGCACUGUUGCC